GUACUCCCAGGGUCUUUAUUCACCCCAUGCUCUGUGGAACAUAGCAAUAAACACGUUCUCAAGUGAAUGAGGUUUCUGAAAAAUCCCAAGCCUGUCUUUUUGCCUUGGGGAACUCUGUGUCAGGAUCUGUGGGUCAGGAAGUGACUCAGGAGGUUGAUUUAUUUCACUGGCUUCCAAUUCCAAGCUUUACAGUUUUUUCCCAUACUGAUGUCCCUUGCUGUCUUCCUAUACUUGCUUGUUGUCUUCAGACUAAUGUGUUUCUUCUGAAAAAGAACUUGGAUAUAUGUCUGACGUGUCUAACCAGGCUGGGCAGAAUAAGCACACUGAGCGAGCUUGGAGGCACUCAAGGGAUAGCUAAGUGCUUUGGAAAGUGAAGUCAUCUAAGGACUGUUGAGGACUCUGAAGGAGAGUCUGUCUCUAGUGAGUUGUAUAGCACAUACAAGAUUUAUUGAUGAGGAAGCUUUGAGAGUGUUUAAGAAUAAAGUUGUUAAAAUUGAUGUAUUGGUCAAAAUCCUCUUUGAACAAUUUCAUCCCCAAAUUAACUUUCUGACUUCAAUUAGUUAAGUCACUCCUUAUACUAGUUCUACUGCAUUUGUGGUACUACCAAGUUCUACUUAUAUUUUAUUCUGACUGUAGUGAUAGAGCAAAUGGUUCUUCCUUUUACUGUGUAUUGUGUCAGGACCUAAGUUACAUGAGGCUCCAUAACAUUUUAGCUGUUAUUUUCCAACACUUUCAUGUAAUUUUGGCUACAGAUCAAAGGUGAGGAUGAAUACUUCUCUUAUCCCAGUACUCUACUCUGUUCUAGUGUCAAAGUCACCAAGGUUAUAAUACCAAGCUGAAAGUUGUGCCUUUCACUUACCUGGUGAAUCCUAAAUUCAUGGAAAUGUAGUUUGGAAGGGAGUCCUGUUCAGGUUGGGGCAGUUAUCAGUAUUACAUUUGUGUAGUGAGUGAGUGGACUGUUUUGAGCCCUUAAAAGUGCAACUUUACAUUGUGAGUAGUCAAGUGAGUGAGAAGGUGUUGCUGGCUAGGAGAAAGCAGCCUAGGGGUCAAGUAUCUUGAGCCAAAGCCAGAUUGUUUUGAUCAACCGACUUGACCUGCAGUACAGUUGGGUUGAGAGAAUUGUACUCAGCUAACAGUUCUGAAUGGUGUUUCUGUUAUGUUUUUUUUGAUAGGCAGUGCUUUCCCCUUAAGAUGUGAUUUUUAGUUGCUAUAAUGGAGACCCUGAAUACAAUCAAUAGACUUGAGGCCAUAAGACACUCUUGAAAUCUUAGAACAUCCCGUCACGUUUUCUCUUGCGGCUUUGGGCUUUAUGCCUGGCUUUUAUUGGAAAAUACUCUUUAUUUGUGUUCAAGCUGUGGAUUUAGGUGUUAGUUGUUUGUUUGUAGGAGAACCUACAGAUAUGUUUUUGGAGCUUUUUCUUGGUGGUGGUUUAAGCUGAUGGAGAAUUCUCUAGGAAUGCUCAAGGUUCUCCUGAAAAAUACUCAUGGUAGAAAAUGGACGGGAGUAAAUGUUUUCUUGUGCUGAUAUUAAUAACCAUUCUCCUUUCCCUUGGUUCUACUCACUGGGAAAGAAAUUGCUGUGCAUCUUGAGGCUGAGGCCUUCAAGAUUAUUUGUUUAAUUCCUGCUUAAUACACAGACAUGACAGCUACAUCUCAGAAGCAGUUUUCUGCUCAGAAUGCAGGUGACUGUCCCCAGUGACAAGUGGUAUUUGAGAAGAACCUGAUUUGAAAAUAUACGCCUUGGGGCUGCAGAGAACAAGGCCUUUUGUGGUUUAAUCCCUAGUCAUUGGUUUGCCAUCUUGAUGCCGAACCAAAGGUAGCAAUUCUGUUUCCAUGGAGUAGAAUUCUCUAGCCCUAGUAUUUUUUUUUUUCUGGUAAACCAAAGUUAUUCUGAAAUUUUCUGUAACAUUCUUCCAGAUGCACCCAGAUGUAGGCUGGUCAGCCCAAAACUACUGAAAUGUCCUUGUGCAGGGAAAUCCAGCUUUUCUAAUGAGGUGAUGUAAACUGGUUUCCCUAGUCCUAAACUCAUUCCUGCUUUGUAGUAGAUUACAUCGUUGACUGUGGGCAAGUCAGUUAGUUCACAUCUCCUCAAAUCAAUGUUUGCUGUAGUUGCUCAUCAAGGUGCUUUUUGUAGACUCUCAUUCAAUAACUGCGAGCUUGGAAAUGCGUGUACCACGUUUUGCAGGAUAUGACAAGGGUCUCUUACUGCUGUCUUCUUUCUGGUCAACAAAGUCAAUUGCACUGUUUCUUCCUGUUUUGUCAUCGUUCCUGGCUGCAAUAGCUAUUCAGUUUUUUGUCUAGUUCUGAGGAAGAGACAAUGACUGCAGUGGACACGCUAUCAGACAGCUCUGAAGUGGUCGAGAUGGAGGAUGUGCCUUCCGAAUUCCAGGUGCAAAAGCAUUCUUGGGAUGGGCUGCGUGACAUUAUUCACAGCAGCAGGAAGUAUUCGGGCAUGAUAGUGAACAAAGCUCCCCAUGAUUUCCAGUUUGUCCGGAAAACCGAAGAGUCCAGCCCUCACUCUCAUCGUCUUUAUUACCUGGGAAUGCCAUAUGGUAGCAGGGAAAAUUCACUUCUUUACUCAGAGAUUCCCAAAAAGGUACGGAAGGAGGCCUUAUUACUCUUGUCAUGGAAACAGAUGCUGGAUCACUUUCAGGCAACCCCUCAUCAUGGGAUGUAUUCUAGAGAAGAAGAACUCUUAAGAGAGCGCAAGAGACUUGGUGUCUUUGGUAUAACAUCUUAUGAUUUCCACAGUGAAAGUGGCCUGUUCCUUUUCCAGGCCAGCAAUAGCCUCUUUCAUUGCCGAGAUGGAGGCAAGAAUGGUUUCAUGGUGUCUCCAAUGAAGCCUCUGGAGAUCAAGACUCAGUGUACAGGGCCACGAAUGGAUCCCAAGAUUUGCCCUGCAGACCCUGCCUUCUUUUCAUUCAUUAAUAACAAUGAUUUGUGGGUAGCAAAUAUAGAGACAGGAGAGGAGAAGCGAAUGACAUAUUGCCAUAAAGGCUUAUCCAAUGUUCUUGAUGACCCUAAGUCUGCUGGUGUAGCCACCUUUGUCAUUCAGGAGGAAUUUGAUCGGUUCACAGGCUAUUGGUGGUGUCCCACAUCUUCCACAGAAGGUUCAGAGAAUUUAAAAACACUGCGAAUCUUGUAUGAGGAAGUGGAUGAGUCAGAAGUGGAGAUAAUUCACGUUCCUUCACCUGCUCUGGAGGAGAGAAAAACAGAUUCCUAUCGGUACCCCAGGACAGGCAGCAAAAACCCCAAGAUUACAUUAAAACUGGCAGAAUUGAAAACAGACAGCAAGGGUAAGAUCGUGUGUGCUCAAGACAAGGAGCUGGUGCAACCAUUUGCUGCAUUAUUCCCGACUGUGGAGUACAUUGCCCGUGCUGGAUGGACUCGAGAUGGCAAAUAUGCUUGGGCUAUGUUUCUAGACAGACCUCAGCAGCGGCUGCAGCUUAUCCUUUUGCCUCCAGCGCUCUUUAUUCCAGUCCCAGAAAGUGAGGAGCAGCGUGCUGAAUUUGCCAAAAUUGUGCCAGAAAAUGUUCAACCGUUUGUUAUCUAUGAAGAAAUCACUGAUGUGUGGAUAAACGUUCAUGAUAUCUUCUAUCCUUUCAUACAACCAGAAGGAGAAGAGGAAGAACUGUGUUUUAUCCGAGCCAAUGAAUGCAAAACAGGUUUCUGUCACCUGUACAGAGUCACAGUGGUCCUAAAGCAAGGCAGCUAUGACUGGGUACAGCCGUAUGUCCACAGCGAGGAUGAUUUCAAAUGUCCUAUCAAAGAGGAGGUUGCCCUGACUGGUGGAGAGUGGGAGGUGCUGGCAAGGCAUGGAUCAAAGAUCUGGGUCAAUGAGGCUACGAAGCUGGUGUAUUUCCAAGGCACGAAAGACACCCCAUUGGAGCACCAUCUCUAUGUAGUUAGCUAUGAGUCUCCUGGAGAAAUUGUGCGACUUACCAUACCAGGCUUCUCCCACAGCUGUUCUAUGAGCCAGAAUUUUGACAUGUUCAUCAGCCACUACAGCAGUGUGAGCACUCCACCUUGCGUGCAUGUCUACAAGCUCAGUGGCUCCGAUGAUGAUCCGCUACAUAAGCAACCCAAGUUUUGGGCUAGCAUGAUGGAGGCAGCCAGUUGUCCCCCAGAUUACAUCCCACCUGAGAUCUUUCACUUCCGUACUCAAUCAGAUGUUGAGCUCUAUGGAAUGGUCUACAAACCUCAUGAUGUCCAGCCUGGGAAGAAGCAUCCCACAGUGCUCUUUGUGUAUGGAGGCCCUCAGGUGCAGCUGGUGAAUAAUUCCUUUAAAGGAAUCAAAUACUUACGGCUAAACACGCUAGCAUCCCUAGGUUAUGCUGUGGUAGUGAUUGAUGGAAGGGGUUCAUGCCAGCGAGGACUCAGAUUUGAAGGAGCCCUGAAAAACCAAAUGGGUCAGGUGGAGAUAGAGGACCAAGUGGAAGGUUUACAUUAUGUAGCAGAAAAAUACGGGUUUAUUGACUUGAGUCGAGUAGCCAUACAUGGCUGGUCAUAUGGGGGUUUUCUCUCCCUCAUGGGUCUCAUCUGUAAACCCAAUGUCUUCAAGAUUGCUAUAGCAGGUGCUCCUGUCACAGUUUGGAUGGCAUAUGACACCGGGUAUACUGAGCGGUACAUGGAUAUCCCAGAAAACAACCAGCAAGGUUAUGAGGCUGGCUCUGUGGCAUUACAUGUAGAGAAGCUUCCCAAUGAGCCAAAUCGUUUGCUGAUCCUCCAUGGUUUUUUGGAUGAAAAUGUGCACUUUUUUCACACAAACUUCCUGGUAUCACAGUUAAUCCGGGCUGGAAAACCGUACCAGCUUCAGAUCUACCCCAAUGAAAGACACAGUAUUCGGUGCCCUGAGUCAGGAGAGCACUAUGAAAUCACGCUGCUGCACUUUCUACAAGAAUACCUCUGAGAGCACAUGCCUCUGCAAACUGGAUGCUGACAGCUCACUUCACCCCUCCUGUGCCCAGCCACUACCACCUCCCUUGACAGCCAUCUAACCCAGAGCACAAAUGGCUGCGUGCCCAUGUCAGGGUGUCUUGCCCUGAAUAAUAAGGGAGGAGGAUGGAAGGUACUUUCCCUUUGGACAGUGCCACCUUCUUUCACUUUCCAAGCUGGAGGUCUGCCUCUGCUCAGCUGCUCAUUCUAUUUCUCUCUUCCAGCCUGGCUGUUAAUGUGUUGGGUUGUUUUUUUUUUGUUGUUGUUGUUGGUUUUUUUUUGUUUUUUUUUUUUUCCCUGCUACUCCCACUAUCCUGGGGAUUGAUGGACAGUGGUCUGUCUCCUAAGACUGAGGUUUGCAUCCAUCUCUUUCUGUCCCCCAUCCUUUUCCCUUCCACUGCACAUCUGCAGUUCAUGUACUCUUACCUGCAAGAACUCGGUGCCUGUGUUGGAAACAGAAGAGCUGAAUAAGCAAGCUGCCUUAAGCCAGGAAUGGAAGGGAAGAGAGAAGAACGUAUUGUUAAAGCCCCAGGGCAGCUGAUUGCUGGUGCUGUGUCCUUGCCCUGCUGCAGCAGCGUGGAGCCCUGGGAUGUGAAGAGGUCUACAGAAGCAUGCAACACUAGUCAUUUCUAUUUCUCAGUUUUAUUUCACAGAGCAGAUGGAGGAAGUGGCUGGGGUUGAUAACGAUGCCCUCUCAUGCCUUUCUCUAAUGGCCACUCACAACCAGAGUUGUGCCAAAAGGUAGCACAGCAGCUGAAGCAGCUGGCUACAACCAGAGAUCAUCUCUCUGGAGAUAAGGUUUUUUGUUUGUUUUUUUUUUUUUUUUUUUUGCAACACAAGAUGGAUAAUAUUUAUGCAAGUCCUUCCUCCCUCCAUUCUUUAUGCUGCCUCCCAAUCCUACCUUCUCCUUCCCUGAAACCUUGAGCUUUCAGAUGUGCACUGAAAUUGGCUGUGCUUCAGUUCUCUGCAGGUCAGUGACUGUUCCCCUUACCCAUCUACUCAGCAUAUGCUUUCUUUUGGUUUUUAUUUUCCUGGUCAACAGGAACUGCAAUUCUGGGGAGGGGGGAUUGAGUAAUUGCACCUCAGGGGAGCGCGUACCCCCCCGCCCCUCAAGCCAAGGGUUCUGCCAGGGAUGAAAAGAGAAGAAAAAAGCAACACCCAAAUGAACCACAUUGACUUGCCCUGGAGUAUUUUAAGUGCGUAUUAUGAAAAGAAAAUAUUUUUAUGGAUUCUUAUUCUUUUAUAAUUAUGAGUGUAAGAUGUAGCAACUCAUUAAAAUAUUGGAAAGAGA